AUGAAAUCAAGGAAAGAGGAAAUAAUCCUGUGCCAUGCCUCCAAAUUGGUCACAGCUAAUUUUCUCACGGCUAGCUACUCCACAGUUGAGAACUACCUACCAGCGUCAGAUGUGGCCGUUCUCUUCGCACUGAUCGCCUGCCCCAGAGCCGGUUAUAUCGGAGGCUACGCAGCCGCUCCAGCACUUACCUACGGCGCUAGCUAUGGAGCCGCAUACGGCUAUGGUGCUGGUUACGGUUACGCAGCCCCAGCUGUUACCGCCGUAGCCCAUGCUCCAGCAGUCUCCUAUGCCGCUCCAGCUGUAUCCUAUGCUGCUCCUGCUGUUGCUACCGUAGCUCACGCUCCAGUUGCUGUUGCCCAUGCUCCAGUCGCUACCUCCUAUUCUAGCUCCUACAGAACAGUCAACAAGCCUGUCGCAGUAGCUGCCCCAGCUAUCUCCUACGCCGCUCCAGCAGUUGCCACCGUAGCUCAUGCUCCAGCAGUGUCCUAUGCUACUCCAGUCGCCGCUGUAGCCCACGCCCCAGCCGUUGCCACUAUCGCUCAUGCUCCAGUCAACUAUGGUCUCGGCCUGAGGUCUGCCAACGAUCUUGGCAGCUAUGGAUACGGUCUUGGAUACAGAUCUGCCUACAGUCUUGGAUACAGGUGUACCUACGGUCUUGGCUAUGGAUAUGGUGGAUACGGACUUGGAACUACCCUAGUUCAUCAUUAA